AUGGCUCACUUGGCCACCACUGAAGAAAAGGUUGACUCGCUCGCGGCACAGAUGAACUCCAUGCUCAAGCUUAUCGAGACCUUCAACCGCUGGAGCCCUGAGGUCGACAAAUUCUCCACCGAGCUAAGCAAGAAUCUCAAGGAUCUCACAUUGCUUGUUGAGGCAUUGGAAGCGCAACCUCCUACCGCUCCGCCUCUGACACCGAAGUGCGAGGAAGAGGUGCGGGCCAUGGGCCACGAUGCUGCUCAUCCACUAUAG